GGCUUUCUACUCCGUGACCCGUCAAAUGCGCAGCCGACAAAAGCGCGCCGACGAAACUGCGGCGAGAAAAGAGCGAAGUCUAAAUCUCGCCCACAGAAGCGCGCCGAUAAAUGCGCGCCGACAAAAGCGCGCUAUCAACAAACCACACAAAAACAAGUAAUGGAGAAUCCAAUGAGCAGCUCAUCUCCCCCUUCACGUAUUCAAGAGGAUGAUGGCUCGAAGGAGAACACCGAUGUGCCCUCUGGGGUAAACCAUUCCGAAGGCUCGUGCUGUGGCAGUGCCUCCCAGUCUGCCAACCACCCCGAUUUUGCCGCCGAAGACGUCUUGCAAAGCCAACUGUUGCGCAACGAGCCGUUUAACGCAGCUGAAAAUAGCGAGCUGAGGACAGAGGAGGAGAGAGCCAAGAGAGGGAGCUGGUCCAAAGGGCGGAAGAGGAAGAAGCCUUUAAGGGACAGCAACGCCCCCAAAUCCCCCCUGACGGGCUACGUGAGGUUUAUGAACGAGCGGCGGGAGCAGCUUCGCGCCAAGAGACCCGAAGUCCCGUUUCCAGAAAUCACCCGGAUGUUGGGCAACGAAUGGAGCAAACUCCCUCCGGAGGAGAAACGGCGCUACCUUGAGGAAGCCGACCGAGAUAAGGAGCGCUACAUGAAGGAGCUGGAGCAGUACCAGAAGACGGAGGCUUACAAGGUGUUUAGCAGGAAAACCCAGGACAGACAGAAAGGCAAAACACAUCGGCAAGAAGGAACACGCCCAGCUCCCCACGACCAUCAGAAGGAACCAGAGACCAAGGAGAGGUCAGUGUUCGAUAUUCCAAUAUUUACCGAGGAGUUUUUGAACCACAGUAAAGCGCGAGAAGCCGAGCUGCGCCAGCUUCGCAAGUCCAACAUGGAGUUUGAGGAGAGGAACGCGGCCCUCCAGAAACACGUGGAGAGCAUGAGGACCGCGGUGGAGAAGCUGGAGGUGGACGUGAUCCACGAGCGCAGCCGCAACACGGUCUUGCAACAGCACUUGGAAACCUUACGACAGGCUCUAGCCAGUAGCUUUGCCGGCGUCCCCUUACCAGGUGAACAAUAGCCGUUAGACUUAUAUACCGCUUUCGCCGUGCUUCGCGACCCUCUGUAAGCGAUUUACGGAUUCAGCAUAUUUAAACCCCCCUCUUCCCCCCAACAAUCUGGGUCUUUCAUUUUACCGACCGCAGACGGAC